UUGUUAACAAAUCAACUGUACAUCUUUUAAUACGACACUGUUAAGAACACACAGCGGUCGUUUCUCCGAGAACAAGCCAGCGUCUGCAUCAUAAUACGCAAAGACAGAUACAAUUAAAAUAUUUGACGAUAUUAUUUAAACUCUAGAAAGAUAAGAACAGAGGUCAACAGUAACAAAACGAGGGUCAGAAAAAACAGAUCGUAGUUGAAAUGGCCAUGGAGACAUUAUUUCCAGAGGCGCAGCUUUUUAAAGAUAUAAAAAGUGAAGAUUUCUCUUCAAUUGUUCCCCAGAGUCCAAAGAACAGUAAUAACAACACAGAUGGGGAGGAUAGAGAGAAACAACGAGGAGAGAGAAACAAUGGUAAAGAAAAGACGACAAAACCAGAAAUUGACAUAUCCCCAAUGGAUCUGAGCAAAGAGUCAGGGUCAUCACUCUCUCCAUCUCCACCCAGUUCACCAGACACAAGCAGCAGUGGAGGUCAUCCUGAUAUUACUCCCUCAACCAGGGCCACCUUCCCGACGUCAUCCUCUCUCUCUAGUUAUCCGCCAUCACUUAUUCACCCCGCGCAUAUGACCACGGUAUCAACAGCGAUGAUCCCCCCUGGGAUACUGCAACAUCACCAUCACCAUCACGCGCACUCUCACCCCCACUCAGUCUUCAUCGAUCCUCGUCCAAACACACUCGGCCCAAUAAAAAGAAACUCCCCGGGUCUUACUUGUGUCGUCUGUGGAGACAUUUCAAGCGGGAAGCAUUAUGGGAUACUCGCCUGCAAUGGAUGUAGCGGAUUCUUCAAAAGAAGCGUUCGUAGGAAACUUAUUUACAGGUGCCAAGCGGGUACGGGAAUGUGUAAUGUAGACAAGGCGCACAGGAACCAAUGUCAGGCCUGCAGACUGAAGAAAUGUAUCACUAUGGGGAUGAACAAAGAUGAUGUGAGAGAGGCAAAGAUACUCGGGCCUCUUCACACUUCGCAAGACUGCCCACCUUCAGAUACCUGCGUCCGCGUUCCAACUAUACCACGCAUGCAUUACUACCACCAAAACCAUGCUGUUCAGAACGAACGACAGCCGCGCAACAGUGCGCAAGUGAGACAGGAUCAGUUAGAGGGUGAAAUUGAUCGCCCCCUAUCGGCCAAUUCGUCGACCGUAUCGGCAACUCAUCCUGCAUUUAGUCCUAGCUCUAAUCACAGAUUCAUGGCUAACCUUAUGGCAGCAGAGACAAGCGCAAAAUUGGAACCUGAAGACACUGGCCGAGAACAAGACAGUAUAGAUGUCUCAGGUGUCGAGCAUGAACGCCAACACAACACAGCACAUCACACAAUCUCCAUACCAACCCCCAGCUACCCAGAAACAGUCAUGUAUACCCCUGGACAGGAAACCAUAUAUGAAUGCUCUGCCCGAUUACUCUUCAUGGCGGUAAAGUGGGCAAAGCAUUUACCAUCGUUUGCUAGUCUACCGUUUAGAGAUCAAGUGAUACUUCUCGAAGAAGCGUGGUCUGAGUUGUUCCUAUUAUGUGCUAUCCAGUGGUGUAUGCCCAUGGAAUCAUGUCCCCUGUUCUCAGCCACUGACCACGCCCAGAAUGCACCCAAUGGCAAAACAGCAGCCACAUUGAGUGACGUCAGAGUUCUGCAAGAAAUUAUGAAUAGGUUCAAGGUCAUUCAAGUUGACCCGGCAGAGUUUGCUUGUCUCAAAGCUAUCGUUUUAUUCAAACCUGAUACAAGGGGAUUAAAAGAUCCACAACAAGUGGAGAAUUUACAGGAUCAAGCUCAAGUUAUGCUUGGCCAACAUAUUCGAGCACAGCAUCCAACCCAACCAGUACGAUUUGGACGGUUACUACUCAUUCUGCCAUCUUUAAGAUUUGUUCUACCACCACGUAUGGAGCAUAUUUUCUUUACAAGAACAAUAGGAAACACACCAAUGGAAAAACUAUUAUGUGAUAUGUUCAAAAAUUAGCUAAAGAAUGGACUGCUCUAUAUGGAUUCCCGAACACUCAUGGCGUUCGACUGGCUGUAUAUAUUAUUGUUAUUAUUUAUUUUCAACUCUACUAGUGUAUUAAACAAAAUAUACAAAGAGAAUAAAGGACAAUAGACAUGUUCCCAAGAUGUACAGAUGUGCGUAUGUCAAGACAGAAUUGUAUUUCAAACAUAUUUUUAAAAUUGGUAAUUAUUUGUACAUAUUAAUGUAAAUGGAUAGACCUAUGUAUAGUUUAUAUGUUAAAGUUAUAAGAUGGAAAGUAAUAUUUCGUUUAUCUGUCGAAUUUGCUUUGUAUGAAAUAGUGUACUAUGUCCGAUGUAGUACUAGCCCAUGUGAAGAAAUACA